AUGGCGGAUACGGUGAAGCCUAUCCUUAUCUCCGCGGUUGAUCUUGGGGUUCGAGUUAUCCAAGCGUCAAACGAAGCCAAAGUAUUCAAGAAGGAGUGGGACGUGGUCAAGAUCAAGGUACAAAAACUCUUAGAGCUGCUGGAGAAAGCCUUAACCGCCAGCUCCAAUCUAUGCGAGUUUCCGACCCGCCACAUCAUCUCAAUCGCCGAAGCUGUGCUUCAAAAGUCUCUCGCUGUGGUAGACAAGUGCACCCCAAAGCUAAGGAAUCGCGUCUUGACAAUAAUCCGCGUCUCCACUUCCCAAAAGAUGCUUGUCCGGCUGGAAAGAUCCAUCAUCAACGUCUCGUGGCUCCUCAACGUCUCCACUCCAUCACAUGAUGGUAAACACGAGCAGCUAACUGGUCUCCCACCCUUCGCCAUAAGGGAUCCAACUCUGUUCUUGAUAUACGAACUUAUGGCAAUUCUCUACACGGGAACACUUGAUGAUGACGCCUGUGAAACAGCUAGGUCGCUGAGAUCAAUGGCCAGUGACAACCCUAGAUGCGCAGAGAUCAUGAUCCGUAAUGGUUUGUGUUCUGUAUUUGUUAAGAUCCUCAAACAAGGGUCGAUGAGGGUUCAAGCAGAGGUGGCUUGUGUAACGUCCGUGUUGGUCGCGAGCUUCCCUGAGAGCCAGGACUUGUUCGCACAACAUGACGUGAUUCAACUCCUUCUAAGCCUUUUGACUUCAAAGCUCGAAGAGGACUCUUGGCACAUGAAGGCAAUGGCAGCAAAAGCUUUGAGGGAGCUAGCCAAAGGAAAUUCAUCUAUCUGCAAAGGCAUCACCAAUUCAAAAAGAUUCUUGCGUUUCGCAGAUUUGCUUGAGAUACAAGACAGAGAAGUUAGGCUCAACUCCUUGAUGGUUUUAAUAGAGAUUACUUCUGUGGCAGAGAUGGACUCUAGCUUGAGAAGACACUCAGCUUUCAAGUGCAAGUCUCCAGUUUUCAAGGCCAUUGUUAAUCAAUUCCAUAAGCUCAUUGAAGAAAAUGGAGACACGGUUUUACUAAUACCAUACAUCACAUUAAUAGGGAACCUGGCACGAUCAGUUAGAGCGUCCGAUACAUCAAUGAUUGAACAAAUGGUGAAGCUUCUUGGCCAUAGAGAUCCAGAGGUAUUAAGAGAAGCAAUUGUAGCACUCACUAAAUUUGCUAGCCCGUGUAAUUACUUACACAUAGAUCAUUCAAGAGCAAUAGUAGAAGCUGGAGCUGCAAGGCGGCUCAUCGAGCUAUCUUCUUUAGGAUGUGAGAUUCGGAUUCCAGCGUUAGAGCUUCUGAUCUGCAUCGCAGUUCAUGUGCCAGAGAAGGAACAAGUCAUGGAAGUAUUGGAAUGUGCAUCGAAGCAACCAUUUGAGUAA